AUGGGCUUGUUCCGACAUUGCAGCCGAGAGUGCAGGCGAACGCCGAUCAACAAAGACCUUGCAUCAUAAAUAACCACUCAUUAAUAUUUGUAGAUCAGUCAGUCAGUCACAAUUUACCCAUGAUACAAUACGGUUUUGAUCCUCUCGAACACGGCCAUUAAGUGUGUGUGUGAGCGGAGCAGAGAGGCAGUAACGAGGCAGACACUGUCGUGAUCACUCUCGUUUUCAGACUGUAACAGCAACCGAAGGAAGGAGAAUCGUUCUAGCGGCCAGUGUACCUGCUGAUAACCAGCCUCCUCGCGGACAUACCGAACCACACGCUACCUCCACGACCAGACGGCUAACCAUGGACCAGAGUUUUUUAUCUCGUUCCCUCUGGACCAGUGAGGGUAAAUUCCUCCAUCACCACGCGACAGACCUCUAUACCAGCGUGCACGUCACUCGCAACAUCCCAGCUGGGGCACAGUUCGGCCCGUGCAUCCUUCAGAAUACUUUCUAUGACACCGUCGCCUUCAUAGCGCUCAAAUCCCGCGACAAGAGAAGCAAAUCAUACGUGUUCAGAGUGGACCCCGAGGCUAUGCGGAGCUCUGCUCUAGUGCUGUCCUGGCUGCGACUGGUGCAGGCGGCGUGUGGCAGGGAGGAACAGAACACCGAAGCGUUCCUGAAGGGAGGCCAGCUGUAUUUCCGGACCACCAGGGACAUACGUCAGGAAGAGGAACUGUUGGUGUGGUAUGACCAGGAAUUGUCACAUCUACUGGGCUUCACUGACAUCUCAGCCAGAGGACAAAAUGAAGAGCUUAAAUGCGCAACAUGUAACCAGGUCUUCAAGAAUGAGCAUCCCUAUUUGGCCCACUGCCGCUUCCUGUGCGCGCAGGUGAAGUAUGACGCGCUGAGCAGAGAGGCCUACGAACACAAACACAUGGAGAUCAAGCGGCAACGACGCGUCACAGACUUCCACAACAUCGCUAGGGAUCUGGAACAUAAAAGAUACGGCGCCAGUGAAGACGCUGAGAUUUCCCCGCGGAAAUGGAAACACGAGGAGACGGGUUAUCCCCGAUGGAGGAAACCUGUGCUACUUGAGAAAACCAACAUAUCGAACAACAACAACAUCACACAGAUAACCAGAGACUACCACCCCACUGCGCCAGAGUCAACUGGCUCUGCAUUGAAACUGAAGGCGGAGAAGUACCAGCUCAAAAAGGACCACGUGGAAUGUAAAAAUAGUGCGUUUACAGAGGUUGGAGCAGCGAAAAUGAGUUUUACACAUGAGAAAGAAAAGCCAACGGAGGCUGAUUCUGAGACAGCGCGGGAGAUGAGCGCUGAUUUAAACUCAAACAGCAACAGCAGUGCCUUUUCAUUCGUUCUGCGCAGUGGAGCGGAGGAGCAGAAAAGCGCUUUCUGUAAACCCUAUAAAAGGACUUCUAACGGCUCUACAGCGCACCCAUCCAACACAUUACCUGCUCAAUUGAACCGCCUAGAGGAUGUGAGAGACGUUUUUACCUCAAAGACGGUUCUGGGAUACAACAAUCUAUUGCCUACUAAUAUGUUGAAUGGUGAUUUACCUCGCGCACAGACACUACCCACACCGGUUAAUGGAAACGCUUUCCCGUACGCGCCAGAGCACUGGCCCAGGAGCAUUGGAGACCAACUACAAACCACGUCGUCUUUAACAAUUCUUCCACCAACGUUUACCUCCAUUGGGGUGUCAGUGCAAAACUGGUGCGCCAAGUGUAACCUCUCCUUCCGCAUGACGUCUGACCUAGUGUUACACAUGCGCUCGCACCACAAGAAGGAGUUCGCGGCGGAGUCCCAGGUGAGGAGGAGGCGAGAGGAGAAACUUACCUGCCCUAUCUGCCACGAGUUCUUCCGGGAACGGCACCACCUUUCACGUCACAUGACAUCGCACAAUUAAAACCCAUUUUGCAUAAGAAAAGCCAUUAGAAAACGUAUAUUUAAAGAAAACGACAUCGGACAUACUGUAUGUAAUUACAAGAGUAGAACAGAGUAAUUUAGAGUAAUUAAGCAUUUAAUGACAAUUUGAAGUCACUAACAUCUUAAUGUAGGACCAUCCACUUGUGAUUAUCGAUCAUUACGCAUUAGGGCGUAUUUGGGCACGUAGGUUCUCAUUCAGGAUUGUACACAGUGUCCACUAGAUGUCCACAGAAUACGAAAUUGAAUACACAACAUAUUCAUUUUGAUUAUCUGCACAGUGGGUGAUAGGAAUAUUGUGUGUAAUUGGGAUUAUAAGGUUCUAAUCUGCAUUUUUGUCAAUUUAGUUAUUGGCAUUCUUGUUUUACUCAGUGUUCUAUAUAGUACUCUAAAUACCCCAAUUAAUGUUGUUAAGUUAAAAACAGUACACAAUCAAAAUUACUGACACCAUUCAAACCAAUGAGGGUUCAGAACUUUAAAGACAAUUAUCUCAGAAUCAUAUUUUUUUGCAGAUAUAACCUUAAAGUCCCAAGCUCUCGGUAUGUCUGAUCCGUGCCUUAUGAAACUCAGGGUGGGACUGAAGAGAGAGACUGAAGGUCGCUUGCAGCUCUUGCGUUUGACCUCUGAUUGUUAUAAACAUGUUUAUGUCCAUUACUCAUUGUUUGACUAGACAUACAGUAUUACCAGAGCUUGUACGGAGAGAGAUGUGUAGAUUAAUUUAGCUGUUUUUGAUGGGAAAACAACAACAACAACAUCAGAUCCAAACUCUACUUGCCCUGUGUUUUCUUUAAACUUCCAUAAAGACAUUUUGUGUGAAACAUAUGGACAUUGUAUUACUUGACCCACUAUAUUCCCUGGCUUCACCCAUACGUGACACAAGACAUACAACCUGAAAUAUUUGUCCCAUUUCAUUUUGGCCCAUUUAAUGUAUUGCUGAAUAAAAAGAUAUACAGA